AUGGGAGAUAAUGCGGCGGCUCUGAUUGCGAUAGGGACACACGGCACAAUGGGUAAUCUGUUGAUGAAGGAGAUACAGUAUUACAAGAGACUCGAGUUGGACAAUGCCGGUGAUCGUCGUAACCCUAACGUCAGCUCUUUGGAUCCCGAUAAGAAGCAUGGCGGCAAUGGCAGUGGUGGUUCCACAUUUUGGUGCGGUUUCGGAUUUUUUAAAACUAAAUGGCAAAGGAAGCAGAGUAAUGGCGGAAUCAGUGAGAAGUUUUUGCCAAGGAUCUGUAUGACGGCGGAUGCUACUGAAGGCCGCCACAACCACCACCAGCGCCGCCAUGCUAACAAGAUUCCUGGGUUUAAUUACCAUAAUCUUGAAGAUGAUACUAAGCAAUAUAAGAUAUGGUAA